GUUGUCAGCUCUCGCCUCUCCGUCCAGACUCCAAAGUUUUCAGUCGUGAUCGUGCGCCUCACGAGUCAAGAUGGCAGAUACGGUCAGUGAAAUCGUCGCCAAAGUCAAUGAAAAUAUUACGGAAAAUGCCGCGAAAAAUGCGACCAGCCAUCAGCCGGCCUCGACCGAGGGUAUGGCUAUUGCCUAUGGAAGCCUCGUCAUAAUGGCUAUUUUGCCAAUUUUCUUCGGUUCCUACCGGUCUGUCAAACAUCAACGUGAACAGCAGAAACACUUUGAGAGGAGUGGUGAAAAACCAGAGACAAUGAGUCAAAAAGAUGCUGCUAUGUUUCCUUUUAUUUCUAGUGCAGCACUUUUUGGACUCUACAUAUUUUUCCAGGUAUUUUCUAAAGAAUACAUCAAUUAUCUUUUAACUGGAUACUUCUUUUUCCUUGGAGUUUUGGCCCUUUCUCAUAUUUCAAGCCCACUCAUUACCUCCUUAAUGCCUGCGGCCAUUCCUAAGAAGGAUUAUCACUUACGUCUUAAAAGUGACAAUGAAGAUCUAAUAAAUUAUAAAUUUACUUCACAUGACAUUGUAUGUUUAGCAAUUUGCACAAUAAUUGGAGCUUGGUACCUAUUGAAAAAACACUGGAUUGCCAACAAUUUAUUUGGAAUUGCUUUUGCAAUUAAUGGAGUCGAAUUACUUCACUUGAAUAAAGUCAUCACAGGGUGUAUUUUAUUAUGUGGACUUUUUGUUUAUGAUAUAUUCUGGGUUUUUGGCACUAAUGUCAUGGUGACUGUAGCUAAAUCAUUUGAAGCUCCUAUUAAGCUUGUAUUUCCACAAGAUUUAUUAGAAAGUGGACUCAAUGGUAAAAAUUUUGCCAUGUUAGGAUUAGGUGAUAUCGUUGUGCCUGGAAUUUUCAUUGCCCUUCUGCUGAGGUUUGAUCACAGCCUCAAAAGGAAGUCGAAAACUUAUUUCUAUACAACUUUCUUUGCCUAUUUUAUGGGUUUACUGGUAACUUUGCUUGUUAUGAAAAUUUUUAACCAUGCACAACCGGCUCUGCUCUACCUAGUUCCUGCUUGUUUGGGAACACCACUUCUGGUUGCUCUUAUUAAAGGAGACUUAAAAGCUCUAUUCUCGUACGAAGAUCAUCCAUCAGAAGUUGAAGAAAAAUCUGUUACAAAAACUACUCAAACAGAAGUUAAAAAAGACAAAUAAAAACCUCCUUUAUUUUUAAAGGAAUGAGACGUCAUGUGAGAUGUUAAUGAAUAAAUGGAUACAUACAUUAUUGAGAACACAAGCGUGAUAAAUAUUAUGUCAGAUCUCUCACAAUUUAAAAUGAAGAAUGUCUAAGAUCACGUGAAAAUGUAUAAGCUAGAUGCAGUAAAAGAAAUAUUUUGAAUCUUAGGCAUUUUUUACUUUUUAGAAUGUGUGUAUAUUAUUUUUUUUAGCAAUGCAGUAAAAUGUAUUUUAUUGCAAUGGUAACAAUUUUAUUAAAAUUGUAACUUUUUUAUUGAAAUUGUUACCAUUAGAUAAAGUAGUGCAAAAAAUUGAUUUGAGUGUGCCUUGUGAUUCUAAGUUGCUUCUUUUUGGUAUUCAACCAAAACAAUUGGUUUUGUUUAUAUUAAUAUAAAUUUUAUUAUUACAAUUAAUUUCAUUCAAUUAAUUUUUUUAAAUUAUGGUUCUUGUUCUAUUAGGAUACACGAACCUAUCAAUCCCUUUCU